GGUCUGCUCUGGCCUACUCAGCCUACGUGUUCCCCCUGGAAUGGGUGGGCACCACCUUCCACCACUGCUACGUCCCCCUGGCCGUGUUCAACACCGUGGUCAGCACCAGCCUGUCCUGCUACUCCAGGUUCCUGGAGGUGGAGAGGCCCCGGCUCAGCAAGGCCUGGCGCACCCUGGCCUUCGUGUACCCCUACCUGUUCGACAGCAUCCCCCUCUUCUACAGGCUGUACCUGUGUGCCCUGGAGGGCUGCUCAGAGGGCUCCAUCCUGCUGCACUACAAACACACGGGCUGUGCCCUCCUCACCUGCUUCAUCUUCGCCACCCACCUGCCCGAGCGCCUGGCACCGGGCACCUUCGACUACAUCGGGCACAGCCACCAAGUUUUCCACGUGUGUGGGAUCCUGGGGACGCACUUCCAGAUGGAGGCCAUCCUGAGGGACAUGGCUGAGAGGCACAGCCAGGUGCUGCUGCCCUCCUCCCUGCAGACCCUGUGCUCCGUGGGGGUGUGCGUGACCGGCAGCCUCAUCGUCAUCGGCGUCAGCGCCGCGUCCCUGCCCCUCAUCCCCGAGCCUCUGCACAGGGACAAACCCCACUAGGGCUGGGGACUGGGGGCAUUCCUGCUGCUCCACCCACACCCAGCACGGUGCUGGUGUGCAGGAGGAGCCUGUUUGCUCCCAGUGUUUACUGAUGAUCUUCUCACGGGCUCGAGGAGCUGCACUGGUUUUACCCGCUGAGCUUUGACGCUGCAAACGGGUUGGGAGACGCUUUAAAUCCAGUUGUUAUCCCGGGGAAGAUGUAAAAUAUCCUGAAUUUUAUCUGGAGAAAGGGGCAGGAGCGCUGCCGCUUCCCAAAGCAGUGGGGAUUCGCUGGGUGUGCCUUAGGGAGGGGUCACAGGGAAUGUGGUGACACCGAUGGCACCACUUUGGAGGGAUGGCCACAACCCCCAGGGGGGCACGAGGGCUCCCUGACUCCUCCUCUCACCUUCCAAGGGGCAUCAUUGUGGAAUUUGAAGCCUUAAAUAUCCACCUCACACGGCCUUAAACCCCACCUCAGUGCCUGACAGACGUGGGAUUGGGGGACUGGUUUCAAAUGAGCUGGUUCGGAUCAAUACCUGGAAAAAGGGAUUCUGGAAGGCUCAGGAUCCGUGGGCUGUUCCUCCAGAAUAGCUGGGUUUGGGGUCUAAAUCUGGCACAAAGGGUAGUAAUUCCUGGGGGAGAGCUGAGCUCCCAUGUUGGUAAAGCAAUUCCAUCCUUUCCUGGGUGUUUCUGGAUGGCCCCUGGGAUGGAGGGGCUGACACGGGAGAGCCAAACCUUCAAACCCCUCUGGGCUUUGGGGUCACUCACGGGGGAUAAUGUUUGGAAUGUUCUGUUGGAUGAGGGGUUGGGAUGGGGGGGUCCAGGAGGGUGAACCACCAGCAGAGCAGGGAGUGGCAUCUGGGCAGGAUUUGGGAUUAAAUACCCAGGGGAUCAAACCCCUGGGAUUUUAAAGCAUUCCCAGGGUUAUCCCUCUGCUCCUGCUCCUUGCUUCCCUUUCCUGCU